AGCCUGAAAGCGGAAGUUACGCUGGGGGCUCGCGAGCGCAGCGAUGGGCCUGUAAGGAUAUAGGCCGCUUGAGGCAGGGGGGGCGGGCACACGGCGCCGGAAGUGGUCGUGCGGAGAAGAGGUAGGGAAGGGGCUGGCGAGCCAGCUCAUUUGGUUGCAGUCAGCCGCCGGGGUGGGACGCGUUCUCCUUCCUCUCCGAGAGCCUGGCCCCUUUCCCAUCCGAUCCGGUCGACAUGGAUUUCAGGGAAAUUCUCAUGAUAGCUUCUAAAGGACAAGGAGCUAGCAGCGUACCGCAUCUCAUUAUGACUCAGCCAAGAGGACUGGGAAAGAACUCCGGAUGCCCUUGGGAUUUCUCUGUCAGGGAUGUGUCAGUUCUCAGCAUUGUUAUUAUGCAGGAUUUUCAGGUUGGUUAGGGCUUGCCUUCUUGGCCAGUUGCUUGUUAGUAGACUGACUUAGCUGGAACUUCCAGCCUGUUUCAAGAUGCCUUGCGUUUGACAGCCAUAUGAAAAGGUAUAGUUUGGCAGUAGGUCCUGCCAAAAAAGACCCAAAAGUUAAGGGUGUCCAAUCAGCAGCUGUACAAGCUUUUCUCAGAAGAAAGGAGGAGGAGCUCAGACGAAAAGCCUUAGAGGAAAAAAGGAGAAAAGAAGAACUAGUGAAAAAGCGAAUUGAGCUAAAACAUGACAAGAAAGCAAGAGCUAUGGCUAAGAGGACAAAGGACAAUUUCCAUGGUUACAAUGGGGUUCCUGUUGAGGAAAAGUCAAAGAAAAGACAGGCAAUGGAAAGCCAUAAUCAGGGAACAGACCAAGAGUAUGAGAUGGAAGAAGAGGAAGAAUUCUUAGAAUACAAUCAAGCAGCAUCAGAGCAAGAAUAUGAAGAAGAGCAAGAACCUCCUCCCAAAGUUGAAAGUAAACCAAAGGCCCCCCUUAAAAGUGCCCCACCACUCAUGAACUUCACUGAACUACUCAGGCUGGCUGAGAAAAAGCAGUACGAACCAGUGGAAAUCAAGGUAGUGAAAAAAACAGAAGAGAGGCCUAUGACUGCACAGGAACUUAAGGAGCGAGAAUUUCUUGAACGAAGGCACAGGAAAAAAACACCUGAGGCAGAUGCAAGACUACCUCUGACCAAAAAGGCACCCUCUCAGACAGAAAGUAUGGGCACAAAACCUAACAGACUUUCUGGGGACAAGCAUCCUUCUUCCAAGGGUACUCCCGCCCCUCAUGCUGAGAAGAAAUCCAGACCCAGCGCAGCUAAUGAGAAACAUUUAGGUUUGUUUUCAUCCAAAUCCAUGCCAGGAGAGAAGACCAAAGUAGGACCUAGCAACUGCUCCCAACGCUCGCUUCGGGAGGACCAUGACAGGCCCGUUUUCAAUGGCGCUGGAAAGACCCGCUCGAGCACCCAUUCACCAAGUGUUCCAAAGACUUCUGCUAAAGGAACGCAGAAACCUGUUACUGAGCACAAAGCCAAAAAAUCUCCCCCCCAUCCUAGCCAUUCCAGACCUGGACCCGUGGUCACCCCACAUAAGACUAAGAGUCCAGGUGUCAGGCAGCCAGGCAGCAGUUCCAGUCCAGCUCCUGGGUGGCCCAACCUAGUGAAUGUUAAGCCUACGGUUAGUUCUAGCUCCAUGCCCAGGCGCCAGAAUGGCAGCUCCAGCUCAGGAUCUGAGAGAUCAGUCAGUGGGACCAAGAGGCCAGCCAGUGACUCAAAUCCUCCUGGAAGGACAGUCAGCAGUACAGGUGGCUCUGGGCGACCCAUCAGUGCCUCAGGUGGUUCUGGGAAGUCACUGGUAAACUCUGGUGGCCCCGGGCGGCCUGUGCACAGUCCACAUGACCGACGGCCAGUGAGUGGCUCAGUGCCCCCCAGGCAGUCAGUCAGUGGCCCUGGGCCAUCAGUGAGUGGCUCAGCUCCAGCUGGACGGACUGUCAGUAGUUCAGGCCCUGGAAGACCAGUGAGCAGCUUGGGACCUGGGCGAAUAGUUAGUAGCUCAGUUCCCCCCCAUAGACCCAAAUGCACCGUUGUCUCAGAAACAAUAUCGUCUAAGAAUAUCAUUACCCGGCCCAGCAAUGGACAGAUGAAUGGAAUGAAGCCUUCCUUGGCUGGCUACAGAUCUGCACAAGGUCCUCAAAGGAUUCCCUUCCCUAGUGGUUACAAAAGACAGCGAGAAUAUGAAGAGGAGGAAGAUGAGGACUAUGACUCUGAAAUGGAUGAUUUUAUUGAAGAUGAAGGAGAAUCUCAGGAAGAAAUAUCCAAGCACAUUCGUGAAAUCUUUGGCUAUGACCGAAAAAAAUACAAAGAUGAAAGUGAUUAUGCCUUACGUUACAUGGAGAGUAGUUGGAGAGAACAGCAGAAGGAAGAAGCAAAAAGUCUAAGACUAGGUAUGCAAGAGGACUUAGAGGAAAUGAGACGGGAGGAAGAAGCAAUGAAAUGCCGAAAGGUCAAGAAACUGAAAAAGCGUUAGCUGCUGCUUUUAUUUUUGUGAAACUCUGGAGCGACUCUGCUGCAAAGAAGUCCUGCCUACAGAGUGAAGAAGCCCAUUAUCAUUUUAGAUUUAUACUUGGGUCUUCAAGGACAAGGAAUGGAUACUGUAUAUUUUGAGCAUAAAGUAUUUUCAAAUACUUUUCGGGGUGAAAUCUGUAGUGCAGAUGACAUAAUUCCCAGUGAGCGUUCUUAGGAAGUUAACUGCUCACAGGUGCCGGCCUUGAUCCUGAUGAGCUAUGCACUCUAAAGUGGGGCCCACUCAACAGGCAGCCAAUCAUUUGUUCCUUUGCUAUUUUAAAAAGGAAAAAAGAUUGCCUCUUCCAUAAAUCUGUUGAUGGGUGAGUAGGGCAAUGGCCGGCUCCCAAACUUAUUUUGUCUUUUUAUGAGAAAUCUGGCCCUUCCAUGAAUGUUGCCAGCAAUAAAGUGACCUGUUCUAAUCUAUAUGUUUGGACUGAGAACUUGAAAAUGUAGAGUAAGCUUUAUAAUUAUAUGGAUGUUAUCUCUGUGACUUUGAAGUAAAAAGUAGAAUAAAUUAUAUUGUAUUCUAUAUUCAUUUAUUGGAUGCUGAGCAUUCUUAUUCACUGAUUUAGGUAAUUAGGCAAUUAACAAAAAAAAUUUCAAGUUAAAAAACAAGUUAUGCCAUUUGGUGUAAGAAUAUUCUUUUCCAAGUUUUCCUUUCAGAAUUAUUUUAAAAUAGACAAUGUUACUGUGCUGAUUUUUAUCUAAAAAGUCAUUUUAUAUUGAAGAAAAAAUAUUUUAUUCAAAGAUUAGAGUUGAAAGAGUAAUAGUUUAAAAAAAAAUAAGCAAGUGACACGUGAGGCAACCCAUACUCCCCCAUUAUAAAGGUAUUUUGGAAUCGAAGGUGCCCUUGUAUUUCUUGAUGUUAAUGACUGCAUUUUUAUCUUAAAAUUACUUAGCAAUUAAUGGCAAAAACCAAAAACUAAAUUCAUGUGUAUCAAGAGCACCAUCACCUCUUUUUGCUCAUAUUGCACUUUUAUUUCAAACUAUGCACUGUGAAGAGAUUGUUUGCCCAGGUUGAAAAGGAUGUUCUUUGUUACUGGUGGUGUACUGGGCUGUGGAACUUGCUUCAUUCUCACCUUUCUUUAGACUUGCUCUCUCUCAAGCCUCAAAUGCAAGCAAUUCUCAGGCUGACUUGGGUUCUAGCUGGAGAGAAGCAAAGUCUCAAGGAAAGUCAGUGACAGAAAAUGAGAUAUGAUGAUGAUAGAGAACGUUUGUCCUUGAGGCUAAAUGUGGAGGGUUGGGGUCAGAGGGACACAAGCUUACAGAACACUUCUACAAUAAAGAUUAUGGCUGCUUGAAGCUAUUGGAUGGUGGGGGUUAAGUAGUAAAGGUUGUCCUACAAAGAAUCCUUACUAUUUAGUAGGUCCAAAAUUUGUUUUGUGCUAUUACUUUUUAUUCAAAAAACUUUAUUUUUCAAGUUUGGAUAUUAUAAGUGACCAUUUUUAGCCUUCCUUAAUGAGUUGACCCCGGGACUCAGUCUCUUAACCCUGACUCAUUUUGAAUUGAGUUUCAAAUUUUGAAAGUGCAAAGAGUUAACUUUGAACUUGAGUCCAAUGAAAGGUGUCUUUAUCACUAGGAAUAGCACCCUUCCUAAUGCUCCACAUAGACUGUUACACUGGUGGCAGAAAAUCCUAUUAACUGCCUCACAGAUCUCAAAUACCUUCAGUUCAGUGAAAUUGGUUUGAGGGUAGUGUGAUGUUCCAUAUAAUAAAACAGGUUUGGAACAUUAUUUCCUUUGUUGCCGUGUACCUCCUCCACCCUUUCAAACGCAUUUUUCUUGGAUUAAUUUUUUUUUCAAUAUUGAAAUUGUCUAUUACAAUCAAGUGCUUGUCAUAGUUGAAAGAUUCUUAGUGGCUUAAAGUUUUCUAGCACUUUACUCAAUGACAUUUGUACAGAAAAAGGCACCAUUGUGCGAGGUAAAAGUUCCAGAACUUGGUAAAAAGUCAGGUUGUGUCCUUAUGCGUCUAUUACUUCUGAAUGUUUCCUCUCUAAUAUCAAUGUUGAUUUUUAGUAAUCUGCAACAUCAACAUUAUAAAAGGGCACUUCUGUGGUUCAUUUUUUUAAAGUUCUGAGUCUUUAAAUUAAUCUUGGCCUUGUUUCCAAAUCCUGUCUUCCAUUUUAUUCUGCAAUUCCUGACCACAAACUUCACAAACCUUUGAAGAAACUGGAAUGGGCUGUUAUUUUAGCAAGGUUUACAAAUUAAGUGCUUGGUUUUCAAUGUAUCAUCCGUUUUGACUUUCAGAUUUUAUUAAUUCAAUAUUUGAAGAUGUGCCUUUUAUUGGAUAAUGUUAAUGCACGAAUGUAGUAAUGUUAUUUCAUGAUUGUAAUAAUGUUACAUGAUCAUGGGUUUGGUAUUCUCUAACAGAUGAUGUGAAAGGAAAGUAGUUUUCAUAAAACUCAAUAUGCCUCUGAUUGCACAGUCCCGCCUGCUUUUGAUGGUUGCUAUGUCAAAGCAAGGGCACUUUCUUUUAAGGCUACUUUCAGGACUUGUCUUUGUAUUGUCUCUAAACUAUAAAUGCAAUUAUGUCCAUUUGGAGGCCAGGGUACCACAUGUCACAGGCAGCCUUACAUGUGUGCCGUGAAAACCUUCAAAGACUGUUAACAAAGAAAGUCUAUGGGAACUAGAAAUUUCAUUUUUUUUAAAUGUAAUCCCCAAGAUUUUCUCCAAGAAAUAAAUUACUGUUUUGUAUUUUGUAACUUAAAAGCAGCUACUAGUACAUUUCUGAGAUAUAGCAGGAGACCAAAACAUGUUUGGAAAGAGAAUAAAUAUAUGAAGAGAGAGGUUGGUUUAUUUUCAAUGUGCUGAAAAUAUUAGACUAUUUAUUUUAUGAGUGAAUGUGAUGAAAUAAAUAUUCAGGUUUUAGUGUAUGAUUAAGAAUGGGAUAUAUAGAUUUCUUUGAAGUUAUUAAAUCCAUCAUGUCUUUUACAUAAACAUUGUUUCUAAACAAGUUUAGAAACAUUUAUGUAGCUUAGCUUGUUAACCUGGUGCUGUUGACCUGCAAGAGAAUUUACUUUUGCAUAUACAGGUGAAAGUUUUGCAAUUUAUGUAUAAAAGAAAUCAUAGGCAUUAAAAAUAUUUUAUUGAU